UGAUAUUAGAUAUAAAAAUGGAUAAACUAUUUGUUUUUUUCGUAGAUUUAAAUUUUAAUUGAUUUGAACUUAGGCCACUAGUACACCGAACACCGACGAUAUUUGAACAUUCGAUUUUAUAAAAUACCCGUGUAGUUUAAAUUAAAAGUUACACAAUGUCGAAAGUGUUGGGUGGGAUAGUAGAUAUUGUGAAAAAAGAAAAUAAUAUUGAAUUUACAUGUGAUCAAAUUAGCAAAGAAAUAUCGUGUAAAUCAUUGACAUUUCUUCAAUUUGUAGAAAGUUUAGAAGAAGUUUUAACUUCUGUAGAUAAAAAUGUUCGUUUAAAUGGAAUUAAGGCAUUAGUCACUGUUAUUGAAAAGAUACCUGUUGACUUUUUUAUGCCUGAAGAACUUGAUUAUAUAAGUACAUUUUUAUGUGAACGUUUCAUCGAUCAUCAUUCAUUUGUACCAUCUGUUUUAAUUGGUAUUGAAUGUACUAUACAAAUGAAACAUGUAUCGAAAGAGAUGAUUAUUCGAUAUUUCAAUGUCAUCAUGCCUCAUUUUCAUUGUCAGUCACAGCUUCAUAAAGAUCGAAAUACUUUCUAUCGUAUAUUGCAUCAAGUGUUUUUGAAUCAUUUGGAUGAUGUACGCAUAAUGGGACCAGAUUUUUUGUAUUGUGUUAUUUCAUCAAUGGAUGGUGAAAGAGAUCCAACAAAUUUAGCAUUAUUAUUUAGGAUCCUGCCACAAUUUUUCUGCAAUUACCCGUUGGGUCAUUUGGCUGAAGAAGCCUUUGAUGUUAUAGCUUGCUAUUUUCCCAUAGACUUUCGAGAAACUGACGAGAGUAAAGUGAAUAGAAAUGAUUUAGCAACAAACUUGGCACGGUGUCUUUCAUGUACUGAAGAUUUUGCCGAUUUUUGUAUUCCCCUAGCUUUGCAAAAGUUAGAAGCCAGCUUAAAAGUUGCCAAAUUAGACUCUUUGUAUCUCUUGAAAUUAUGUUGUGAAAAUUUUAGUUCUACAAAAAUAAUUGGACAUAUUGAAGAAAUAUGGCGUAUCUUAAAAAUCAUUAUAUUAUCAGACAAUGAUGAUACAUCAACUGAAGUUAGAGAAGCGGCAAUUAGUGUUCUCACUGCAUUAUUAUAUUCCACAGCUAUUAUUAAAGGGGAUGACUCUAAUGAACAAUUGUCUAAUUUUUUAGAUCUGAUUUUAAAAAGUUCAGACAGAUUUUUGUUGGAUGCACAAACAAGCUUUUUUAUGCCCUCAAUUAAAUUGCUUUGUAGUGUAGGCAUGACUUCAAAGUAUGCCUGUGCUAGAAUAGCUAAAAAGAUAUAUUUAAUAUUUUUGGACAAAAGUGACCUAUCGCAGACAGAAAUCCCUCAUAUCAUAGAGGCCCUAGGUCUAAUUACAAAUAUGUGUCUACAAAUGGAUGUUGAGUUGAGUUCUAUACCUAGUUUGGAAAAUAGAUGGGAAGAAAUAUGUUGUAUGUUUUUAUUUUAUGCACAAAAUGAUGCCUCAAAUAUAAAAAUUACUGCUCUUAAAGCACUUAGAUUAUCUACUAAAUUUCUAUCUAUGUCGCAACGUAGAAAUUAUUAUAGCGUUAUUAGCGAGUUGAUUAAAUCAGAUGUGUCGAGUGAUGUGAGAAAUGAAACAUUAAGCUGUUUAAAGGAAACAGCAAAGUAUUUUACCGAUGAAGUUAUGACAACUAUAAUUGAUUCUAAUAUUAGUAUUUUAGAUAAAUCUGAUGAUAUUGAAACAAAAUCAAAGUAUUUAAACACACUAUGUUGUUUGGGUAGUGAACACUCUUUUUUUACUCUAAUCAGUGAAACAUUGUGUAAAAAUAUAUGCAACAAACAAGAAUAUACACAGUUGGCUUUGAAAUAUAUGAGGCAACUUUGUGAUAAUAUUGACUGCACUAAUUUAUUAUUACACUUUUCUAAAGAGGAAGGUCUCUUUAAUUAUUUAUUAAUGUUUUGGAUCAAUGGAAUUAUUAACUGUAGUAAAAGUGAAGUGUAUUAUAAUGAAAUUAUACUAGAAAAUCUUUCUUAUGUCAUUAACCAUAUUGUGCAAACCUUAAAUAGUAAUCAGUAUCAAAUAUUUCAGCGGUACAUUGAAUACUUUAAUGACAUUAAGAACAGUCAAUUUAUAUAUAAAGAACUUUCUAGUAUAGACCAAGAAAAAUAUUCAUACUUGAUUAUUCUACUUGAAAGCAUACUGAAUUCGUUGAACCCAAACAUUGAAAUUCAAAAUGUCACAAUUAUAGUUAGAAACUGUAUUGAAAUAUCGACACAUACUAAAGUGUCACUGAGUAGCCUUUUUGCAUCUAGAUUAGCGGCUACAUUAAUAAAUAAAUAUUUUAAUGGGGACGAGUAUGAUGUACAUUUACACGAGUAUAAUUUAAUACUAGAAAAUACUUUAAAAUCAUCUAAUUUAUGUAAGGAAAAAGCGAUUAACCAAAUAUCAUGGAUUACUAAAGCUCUCGUACUUAAGGGACAUAGUAAAAUGUUUCUAUGGCUAGAUUGGCUUAUCGACCUAUUAGAAAAUCCUGAGUAUGGAAAAAUUGCUUCCACAGGAUUUCAAAUGUUGGCAACUUCUGACAGUCAAUAUUUAAAUAUAAAAUGUUUUUGUUCAGUCAGACUUUUGUAUAGACAAAGAGUAUUUUGUCAUACUAUUGAACCGUUGAUAUUAAAAUAUAAUACCUUACCUGAGCCAAUCAAAGAAAAUUACCUCUUGAGUAUUUUAUAUCAGAUGGAAGGACUUUCUUAUGUGACACUUUCACCUUACUUCUCAAAAAUACUACCUGUUUUUCUACAGCUAUUGUGUCCUGAACAAAGCCAUGUUUUACAUUCAUUACAAACAUUUUGUCAUCUUUUGGAAUCAAAAACUCCUAUUUUAGAAGACCAUUUACAAUCUUUCAUACCAAAAUUACUUAACCUAUCACAAAACUCAAAACUAAUGUCUGUACGGAUUGUAGCUUUACAGUGCCUUUACCAUUGCUGUGAUUAUCCACUGAUCAAACUUUUACCAUUAAAACGACAAGUGGUUCAAGACUUGGGGAAUUGUUUAGACGACAAGAAAAGAUUAGUUCGCAAGGAAGUAGUCAGGACAAAGUCUAGAUGGAUGAAAAUAGACUUGUUGAAAGACGAUGAUUGAUUUCAUAGAAUUUAUUAAGCACAAUAUUUAUUGUACUAGAUUUUUAACAUUUUGUUUUUAUAACUAUUUAAUCAAUGUUUUACAUUUUAUAAAAAUCAAUCUAAGUGAACAUGAAAUAAGAAAGUACACUCACUUUCAAAAUAAAAUUGUGAUAUACAAGUAAGAAAAGUUUGUUUAAAUAUUUUAACAUUUUUUCGGUGCAAGUAGUAUCUUGUUUUAUAAAGGAAGUAGAAAAUUAUAUAUU